UAACUUUCAUUUGAACAAAGAAGAAGAGCAAAACCACUAUUAGCGGUCUGACGCAGUUAUUCGGUUGGUGCUUGUAUGAAUUAGUCUCAUAUACCGUCAAGUAAUGGUUAACCGCCGCGGACUUUGGAUGUUUCCGUCCAAUACGAUCACGCCACUGUACAAGGUCGGUGGUUUAAAUGCAGAAACCAAGUAGAGAAGUUCUGCUUCAGGUGCUAGCUAAAAGUGUUUGUGUGUUUAGCGGAAUGAAUCGCUGUACUUCAGCUUCGCUUCUUUGAUAAUGUUCGUAAUUAUUGAUAAAGAAAACUGUUAUUUGUUGAAAUAGUUUAUCAAAAAGGUAAUUUAACGGCAUGGCGAACGGUGUCGUUUAUAAGUUCGUAAACAUUUGUAAUUAUCUCCAAGACCCCUGCCAUGUAGCUAGGUUUCAGAAACUCUGCGGUGUCAAAGGAACAUUUCCGGAGAAGCGGACCGAGUCCGGAUGUGAACAGCGGGACUCGGACUGUGCAGGCAUUAGGAAGAGGUCCCAGCAGCAGCGGCAUGGUGGACAUAGCUCUGAUGAAGACGUAGGGAACGGAGAUGCAUCCGUAUCUGAGGUUAACGGGAUGCAGGAGGACGACACCACCAGAGCUAAACCUCUCCGGAGAAACUCCCUGACCGGGGACGUGGGUCAGGAGUUCCUGAUCCACAACAAGUUCCUCUUCUACCUGUUCACGUUUGGGACUGAGCUGGGCAACGAGAUGUUCUUCAUCGUCUUCUUCCCCUUCCUUUUCUGGAACAUUGAUGCUCUGGUCAGCAGGAGGCUCAUCGUGGUCUGGGCCUGGAACCUGUUCGUGGGACAGUCCACCAAGGACAUGAUCCGCUGGUCCCGGCCGGCCUCCCCUCCUGUGGUGAAGGUGGAGGUCUUCUACAACUCUGAGUACAGCAUGCCCUCCACACACGCCAUGACGGGGACAGCCAUACCUUUCUGCCUCUUCAUGCUGACAUAUGGACGGUGGCAGUAUCCCUUCCUGCUCGGGUUUUCCGUGGCUCUCAGCUGGAGCGUCCUGGUCUGUGUGAGCCGAGUCUACAUGGGAAUGCACUCUGUUCUGGAAGUGAUCACUGGUUUUCUGUACAGCCUCCUGGUUCUUGCCUUCUUCCAGCCCCUCCUGGACAGCAUCGACACCUACUACAUGAUGGACCACUACGCUCCACUCAUGAUUAUUGUGUCCCACGUGAGCCUGGGGCUCGUAGCCUUCUCUCUGGAUUCGUGGAGCACCUCUCGGGGCGACACGGCUCAGGCUCUGGGAACCGGGGCAGGAGCCGCUUUGGCCACUCAUGUGAACUAUCAGCUGGGGCUUCUGCAGGAUCCACCACUUUCCUCACUUCCUCUAACGUUACGCCCACUCACUGCGGGCCUCGUGCUCUGUUCACUCCUGCGUUUCUUCGUUGGAGUCGUCGUGCUCCUCGUAACGAGGAUGGUUAUGAAAGCGGUGACCGUUCCGUUCUUGUGUCGGCUGUUCGGGCUGCCCUCGGAUGACGUCAGGCAGGCGAGGCAGCACAUGAAGGUGGAGCUGCCGUACCGUUACAUCGUCUACAGCGUGGUUGGUUUUGUUUGUGUCUGCUUUGUGCCCGUCCUCUUCGGGAUCCUGAACCUUGCCUGAUACGUCCUGACGCUGGGAUCGUCGACGGAACUUGGAAACAUUCUCUUGUUUCUGCCUGAAACAGAUUAGAUUGUUUCCAAACUUUCAAAAAACAACAGCAAACCUGAUCUGAGUGUUACCUUUUCCAAAGUUUAGUUAGUAACACACCUGCACUUUCUAAAAACACUAGAAUCGAUCUGGGUUUGAUUUCUUAUCUGGGAAACGCUCAUUCCCUUUCUGCUAAUACAUUUAAUUAUAAAUAGAUUCAAAAAAACAACUUCCAGCAGUUUAUAAAAUACCUUUCUCAAAGAUGGAACGAAAACAUCUUUUGUUAUUUGUAACAAUAUUUACAAAGAAAAUCUGUCACAUUUGGCUUAAGGCGGGAUGUAAAAUCCUCGAGAAUCAGGAUUUUGACAAUAAAAGGUGGAUUACCCUUUAAAAAUUCACCUGUUAACAUGUUUAGGUGUUACCUGGACCUUAGUGUGUGUCAGAUUUAUUGUUUAUUUCUCUAAUCAGAAUAUCUUUUAUUGAUAAUACUCUACAAAUAAAUCAAAACACAAAGUCUGAAUUUACAAAUUAGUUUUAAAGAAGAGAGAAAUUUUAGGUAUUUGUUUUAUUUUUUACAUUAAUGAUCAUGACAUUGUCAUUAGCUUUCUUUCAGUAUUUCCAGCACCAUAAAAACAAAGUUAUUUUUAUUCUGAAUAAAGAGAAUAACAAAUGAGAUAUUUUUGAUAACUGGUUUUAGCUCUGUGUUAUCUGAAAUGUAGCUUUGGAAAUGAAAAACCCAAAUUCUAUGAUUUUUAAAAACUAUUUAUUGUUAAUGUUUCCAAAGGUAUUUCUUCUUAUUGAACACAGCAUGUAUAAACUUUGAUUCUAUUGUUGGAACUGGUUUGAAUUGUUUUAUUAAUGGCUAAUUUUCACAUUAAAUGAAAAUAUUCAUUCCCAACAUUUGUCAUGACAGCAUUAGACCAUCAUGUGUUCUCCUCUUGUCUUUUCAAAACAUAACACAAAUAAAUGUGCAUAAGAACCA